AAACUCCAUUUACGAAUCAAACUGCAACAUCAGUUACAAAUCAAACUGCAACUCCAGUUACGAAUCAAACUGCAACUCCAGUUACGAAUCAAACUGCAACUCCAGUUACGAAUCAAACUGCAACUCCAGUUAUGAAUCAAACUGCAUCUCCAGUUAUGAAUCAAACUGCAACUCCAGUUACGAAUCAAACUGAAACUCCAGUUACGAAUCAAACUGCAACUCCAGUUACGACAGUCUCUGCACCUGCUAAAGUUGCACAGAUUAAUUUAGGCUUCAGUAUGGAUCAAGAGUUCAAGGACAUCUACUCCGAUCUCAGUAACACUGAGACCAAAGAGCUGUCAAAUAGCAUCAUUAAUGAGUGUUCUCGAGUUUACAAAAGGCGGUUCCCAAAAUUCUACCGCAUGUUUAUUCGGAAGUUCAGCAAGGGCUCCGUUGUGGUUGAUUCUGUCCUCGAGUUUGACUCCACAAAUGGCACUAGUCCUAAUGUGACAGAUGUGAAAGACACCCUUGUUACGGCUGUCACGAAUGGAAAUUUCAACUUCACAAUUAAUAACUCAUCCAUCAAUACUACUGAUAUCCCAGAAACCAGUGGUCAGUGUAUUUACAGAUUAAUUUUUUUUCCUGUUAGAUACUUCAACAACACCUGCAACAACUCCAAAUACGAAUCAAACUGCAUCUCCAGUUACGAAUCAAACUGCCACUCCAGUUACGAAUCAAACUGCAUCUCCAGUUACGAAUCAAACUGCAUCUCCAGUUACGAAUCAAACUGCAUCUCCAUUACGAAUCAAACUGCAUCUCCAGUUACGAAUCAAACUGCAUCUCCAGUUACGAAUCAAACUGCAUCUCCAGUUACAAAUCAAACUGCAUCUCCAGUUACGAGUCAAACUGCAACUCCAGUUACGACAGUCUCUGCACCUGCUAAAGUUGCACAGAUUAAUUUAGGCUUCAGGAUUGAUCAAGAGUUCAAGGACAUCUACUCCGAUCUCAGUAACACUGAGACCAAAGAGCUGUCAAAUAGCAUCAUCAAUGAGUGUUCUCGAGUUUACAAAAGGCGGUUCCCAAAAUUCUACCGCAUGUUUAUUCUGAAGUUCAGCAAGGGCUCCGUUGUGGUUGAUUCUGUCCUCGAGUUUGACUCCACAAAUGGCACUAGUCCUAAUGUGACAGAUGUGAAAGACACCCUUGUUACGGCUGUCACGAAUGGAAAUUUCAACUUCACAAUUAAUAACUCAUCCAUCAAUACUACUGAUAUCCCAGAAACCAGUGGUUAGUGUAUUUACAGAUUAAUUUUUUUC